GUUGCAAAGAACACAAAGAUUAGAGAGUGUGGAGAAGGCGAAUGGGAAGAUCGUCAGAUAUGGAUGCCGAGAUGACGGAGGUGACGCCGUCUGCGGCGGAGGCGCCGCCGCUAGGGGCGGUUCCGUCGAGCUCCGGCGAAAACGACUCCGUACGCGACUUACUCACAUUGGCUCGCCAAUUCAUCAAUCAAGGAAAACCUUCCCAAGCUCUCCAAGCUGUAAUUGUAGCAAUGAAAUCCAAAGGUGGGGAUGAAGCUGUAUUUCAGUCCUUGCAUCGUGCUCGUGAGGUGUAUAGAAGUAGACUUCAAGACAAUGCUGCUGUUGACCAGCUAGCUUCUUUGUUUGCUGAGUGCGCCAUUGCCGAAGCUCAGCCUGUAAUAAUUGAACCAUCUGCAACUAACACCCUCGUCCCUUCAAUUGCCAGCCCGUCAAUUUCUUCUGAUGCUCAUGGGACGUCCAUACUGGCUGAAACCGGCAGGAUGCAAGUAGUAUUGGAUGCGGUUUCAGAUGGAAGCAGCUUCAUCUGUUUGAAGUGUGGGGGCCUUGUUAGUAAUCAUCGUAAAGAUGAGCACUAUGCAUACUGGUGCUCUUAACCCCAAUGCUUUGUGUAGAGCGAGCCGAAAUCUUGCUUGUUGAUGCUUUUCUAUGCAUUUUCAAGAUCAAGUUUUCUAAUAUCUUGGAAGUGAAGCUUUGAAUGCCUUAUACUUGGUCUUUGAAACAUUCAUGUCAAUGUUAUAGUAAAGUUUACAUUAGCAAACUUUUUUCUCUUUGAAGAAUUUAAUGCUGUAAAACCAUAGUGGUUCAGUAGUUCAGUAGUUGAGUCACCAAUACAGAAAAUUUUCUGAGUAUAAGACUUGGUGUGAUUGAUGUCCAUUUGGACUCUAAAUGCUACAUUUGAGCCACAAGAGUACAUUGUUCUCUCCUAUGUUUACUCUUUUUUGCGGAUUUUUUGUAUGUAAUGAUGAUGAGUUGUAAGAUAAUGGAGAUAAAUG